UUUGUGCUCAAACGCAAACGAACUUCGCAAGAAGACGUUGCUUGGUAGAAGCCGGUAGCAGAAUAAGCUCCAUGAGAAAAGCUAGAAGCGAGGGAAGCGUUGCGGAUAUGAAGACGGCGGCGGCGACGACAAUGGUGACGAGAAAGACGCCGACGACGAUGACACCGCCAUUGCAACCGUCUAACACGCAGAAACAAGGGCAACGAGGCAGGAGAGGUGCUUCCAGCAAGACGAUGCUGUCGCCGUCGCCAUCGCUCGCGAACAAUAAAACGAGCUUAUCGCCCUUGAGGGUGGAGCCGAGGACAAGCACGACGGCAAAGCCGAGCACGACCACGACGGUGGAGCCGACGACGAGUACGACGGUAGAGCCGUCAGCGAGCGCGACGGUGAGCACGACGGUGGGCCCGACGGCGAGCACGACGGUGGGGCCCACAACGUGCAUGACGGCGAAGCCGAUGACGAGGGUGGACAAGGACCCUCAGUUACGGAAGGCAAUUAAGGACAUUGUACGCUGGACAUUUGAAAAAGAGAACAAACGUAUGAAAAAAGCAACAUGGCGCACGAGGCCACCACGCUUUCCGCGGCCGACGCAGCCUCCAGCAAUAUUCCCACCUCCGCCGGCGUACCCAUCGUCAGUGUAUCCGUCGCCAGCAUACCCGUCGCCAGCAUACCCGUCGCUAGCAUACCCGUCGCCAGCAUAUCCGUCGCCAGCAUAUCCGUCACCAGCAUAUCCGUCGUCAGCGUACGCUCCGCCAGCGUACGCGCCGCCAGCAUACGCACCGCCAGCAUACACACCGCCAGCGUACGCAUCAGUAUACCCAUGGGGAGGAUAUUCCCCACGUUUCUUGUAGAUUCAUAUCAAUUCUAAGUACAUGUUUUUGUUAACAUUUAUGUAUAAAAUAUUGACAUUUUAUGUAUAAAU